CUUCCCUGCCUUGCAGUAGACACACCAGAUGUAUUUUCUCUCCAGUCUUUCACCACAGGCCAGCGAGCUUUAAACCAAACUCUUCUCAAUUGUGAUCUGCGUGUAUCUAAUCUCUUUCCCCACAGGCCAGCGAGCUUUAAGCCAAACUCUUCUCAAUUGUGAUCUGCAUGUAUCUAAUCUAGACACACCAGAUGUAUUUUCUCUCCAGUCUUUCACCACAGGCCAGCGAGCUUUAAACCAAACUCUUCUCAAUUGUGAUCUGCGUGUAUCUAAUCUCUUUCCCCACAGGCCAGCGAGCUUUAAGCCAAACUCUUCUCAAUUGUGAUCUGCAUGUAUCUAAUCAAAUGAUGUGGACUUGGACAGACUGUCUGUGUGUCAAUCUCCUGCUUCUCCUCCAAAGAGCAGGCUCUGAGAAGUUUGAGGUUCUUGGUCCGACUCGUGCCAUUGUUGCUGUGGCUGGUGAUGACAUCAUUCUGCCCUGUUACAUCAAACCCAACAUCAGUGCUGAGGACAUGAGAGUUGACUGGUUCAGAGUCAACCUCCCAGACACUCAGUCAAACAUUAGAGUCCAUAUCUACCAAGAUGGCAGAGACAAAUACCAUGAUCAGAUCCACUCCUACAGGGGAAGGACAUCAUUGUUUAAAGAGGAACUGAAGAAGGGCAACACCUCUUUGAAACUGACCAGGGUACAAGGCACUGAUGAUGGACAUUAUAAAUGUCUUGUUGAGUCUAAGACACAUUAUGAUGAUGCCACCAUUCAAGUCUACGUCAGAGCUAUAGGAUCCAAGCCAGAGGUUUCCAUUGAGGGACAGAAAGAAGGAGGGAUGGCUCUGCUGUGUGUAACUAAAGGCUGGUUCCCUGAGCCUGAGUUGGAGUGGCUGGACAGUGAAGGGGUCACUCUGUCUGCUGGACCGUCAGAGACAGACAGGGACUAUGAGGGAUUCUACGUAGUCAAACUAAAGACCAUCGUAAAGGAGACUGACAUCAACCGCUUUACCUGCAGACUGAGACAGAGGCAGCAACAUGAGGUGAUUAAGAUGGAGACAGAGUUUCACAUCCCUAGCGAGCUGAUCCUUGUUCACACAGAAACAUGGAAAGUGGCCCUUGCAGUGAUUGUUUCUCUGCUCAUUGUCCUUGUGGUCAUAUCAGCUUUCUGCGUCUGGUGGCGGAAAAAUGCAUCCAGAGCUGAACACAGUCAAGAGCUAGAGCAAGUUAAAGAUGAACUCAGACUUGAGUUGAAGAUACUUGCUGAUCAGCUGGAUUUAGUAAACAUGAAGGGCUGUCCAGAACUUGAAACCAUCAGAAAACAUGCAGACCUAGCCCCGCCCCCUGUCACUCAUGGAGCGCAUUUGUUGUUCCUCUUACCAAGAGACAACUGCAUUCAGUCUCCGCAUCAAUGCAUGGAUGUGACUCUAGAUCCUGAUACAGCACAUCCAGGACUCAUCCUGUCUGAAGACAGGAAACAAGUUAGAUAUGGAGACAUGAAACAGAAUCUCCCUGAUAACCCAAAGAGGUUUGAUACUGUUCCCUAUGUCUUGGGAAAGGAGAGUUUCUCCUCAGGGAGAUUCUACUACGAGGUACAGGUGGAGGGGAAGGAGGGGUGGACUUUAGGAGUGGCCAGAGAGUCCAUCAACAGGAAGAAGUUUAUUUACCUGAAACCUGAGAAUGGAUGCUGGACUGUUUGGCUGAGGAACAAAAAAUAUGAGGCUUUCACUGACCCCUCUGUCCCCCUCUCCCUGAGAGAGAAGCCCCAGAAGGUGGGGGUGUUUGUGGAUUAUGAGGAGGGUCAGGUCUCAUUCUACAAUGUAGAGGCCAGGUCUCAUAUCUACUCCUUCACUGGCUACACCUUCACUGAGAAACUCUAUCCAUUCUUUUAUUCUGGUGCUACUGGUAACUCAGCCCCACAGGUCAUCACUCCUGUAGGUGUCACUGACUAACUGUUUUAUAUCAAACAUUGAAAUACUGGUUGUGUGUGUAUGUGUGUGUGUGUGUAUGUAUAUGUGUGUGUGUGUGUGUGUGUGCGUGCAAGUGUGUGUGUUACUGUCAUGACUUUGCCCUGUUGUGGGUGAGGUUUAUGACCCCCCCCCCAUAAAUACCUGUCCUCCUUUUCUCUCCACUCUACAGAAUGGACUCUUGGAAAGCCCUGUGUUACCACAGAGAAAGUAUGGUAAUAUCAAAAGGCUGGGGAAUGGAACAAUAGUUCCCUUUCUCAACCAGUUGAAAGUGUUCGUUGGUACUUAAAGAAUAUGAUGUCAGAUCAGUUGUUGUCUGGGACAUUAUAUCUGAUGAUAGGAUGACAUAAAUUGUAUCUUGGAAAGUCUACACAUUCUAGUUCUAUCAGAUUCACAUGGAAUUAAAUAUGAAACUAUUUGUGAAUAUAUGAAACGUAAUUUCAACUUGUAAAUGAGAGAAAUGUUUUCAUAAGUAAACUAUGCUCACUCAGUGGCCACGCCCAAGUGAACAGACAUUGGUUGAGAAUGAUGAAACACGCCCUUCUCUCCCCAGUACAAAAGUCUGUUGACGGAAGUUAACCUUAGUUCCCAAUGACGUGAGGACUGGUGUCCGUGCGUUUAUAAGGGCUAAUUUCAACAUGGAGGUGAUGAUCACCUCGCUGAAAUGGUGUAUUUCGACUAGACCAGCCAGAAUACAGCAUAAGCUGAUUAUGGCAACUUAGUAUGAACAUUGAACGAUUAUUUACUGAAGAAGUGAUACAUCCUAGACUUCGAGUUAUCAGCUGCAGCUGUAAACAUAUGUGGCCUAGGAAAGGACAGACAAUCUCCUAAGAACAACAGGGUACUUUAACGUAUCGCCUACAACACUACGACCAGAAAUAGGACAAUGACAAUGGCGAUCUCUGCUGGGCAAACCAGUUUUCCAUCUUGACCCAUCUAUCGAAGGGCAGCUCAGAGUAAAUAUAUAUUUUGCAUUUUCCUUCUCAGAAUGGGCGGUUAUUAGAAUGCAUAAGAUUCUGUAUUUAUGGUAGAAUAGCUUUUCAAGGUCCGAACCCUUUGUCACUCCAUCUUCCCGCUCUUUCAUUCAAACCCAAUCCCCUUAUUUUGUGUAACCAGAUGGCAUAUUGGGUUAGCCCACUAGGGGAUUUUCAUGACAUGAUUAGUAAUCGAUGUAUGAUCGUGUGAUUAUUUCGGUAUUUAGUAAAUAAAUAAUUACACAAAUUUGUGUAUUGCUGAUUCAACUUGUUAGCCAGGGUUCAUGCAGUACUUUAUGACUCAGAAUGAGACUGAAUAAGGUGAUGAUUAAUGAUUGACUGCUAUUGAUAUUAAAGAUCUUAAGAUUUUCAAGAGA